UCUUACAAUCGGUAAAACAGAACAUUAUCCACCGAAGAUAACUGAAGCCACUAAUAAAAGAGGGGGCCACUGGUAAAAAUUAAAUUUCAAGAAACGAUCUCUCGUCCGAAGAAUGAAACAUAAAUAUAAAUAAUUAUACUUCCAGGCAAUGAACCUACAAAAAUAUCUCCUGAAUACCAUAGACUCAAUCACUAAUCAGCAAGGAAUCAAAGAAUCCCAAAACGACAUAAUCAUUAAUACACGAUAAUUAAUUAAUCAAGAACCACCGAGGCGCCAAAGAUGCUCGAGAUCUCUCAAAUAAACGGAAUUCGAGCGCGUUUGAACCAGCUGAGACUUCUGCGAAUGGAAAUGUAAUCGGCAGCGAGGAACAUUUGGCGUGGAAAGAGAGGGGGACCCCCGUGCGCGAAGGGUUCACGGUAAAGGGAACCGCGCGGUAGUGCAACGACACGCUUCUACGGGUUAUGAUCGCGAUCGAAGGUAUUUCUAUUGCGAAAUCGUGCUCCAGUGGAGAUCCACGACGUCGGGGAUAGAUCGUUAAAGGGAUCAACGCGUAGCUCUGCGCGCCGCUGAACGAUCGUUUAACCCAGUUGCAUCAGCGGAAAGCAUUUCAUUCGUAUGCACCAGCGAGCGAGGUGGGAUCAACGAUCUACGAUGGAGGCACGCUUGCGCGGCUACUAAAUUGAAACUGUGAUACGACAAUAAUUGCCGCCGAUAAAACCGAUAAGAAGAGAUUGCUUGCGAACGACAAAUUUUUCUGUGCACACAGUAGGUCAGAUAUGACGUAUCGCUGCAAGUUUUUCUUCUGUUCGCGCCGCUAGUCUCAUUGUCUCACAUAAGAACGUCAUUCGGUGCACCGCCGCAAAAGCAGGUAUUAAGAAAAGUAUCUACGAACUUUCUUCUAUUCUCUCAACCAUUAACACGUUGACCGCUGCGACGGUCAUCGGUGAUCAACAUUGCAAGUGUCAGCGGUACAAGUGUCGCUUAUGGUCCUGGAAUUAAUUAGUCCUUGAUCCGACGGAAUGGGUGAUCUUUAAUGAUUUUAUCAGUUGCUGAAUUCUUGUAAUGUAAUUUUAUGAGCAUCGUUGCACGGCCGAUCGAGCGAGCGAUUGCGAUGAAAUUAAUCAUUGUGAGAAAUUGUAAUGCGAUACCAACGAUCUGUUAAACCGGUAUCGCCUGUCAACAUUUUUUUUUCCGCGAAUGCACGCACACUCUGAACUUAGAGUACCGUUUAUUCCUCAUAUAUACUUCUUUUUGCCUCUUCUGUAAAAUCAGUUGUCCAAGUAGACUCCAUGGAGAAGAUAAGCAUGCCGUUGUUCAAAGGCCGCGUCCCCCAAAAAUCACCGACGUCAGAUAAAAUUUCAAACGGCAGUUCGCAUUAUGGUAACAAUAAUCACUGGCAGAGGAGUAAAAACGAAAACGAACAGAACCCAAUGAACACCGGCAACGGAGAUCACAGUGGACAGAACAGCAAUACUGAAACGCAGGAACGACGAUCGUUGAAGGUUUCCAGGCCGUCGUUAAUUUUUCACUGUCAAUUGGCACAUGGAAGUCCUACAGGGCUGAUAUCUGGCUUCAGCAAUGUCCGGGAACUUUAUCAGAAGAUAGCUGAAUGCUAUGAUAUACCAGUGGAAGAAAUACUCUUCUGCACACUGAACACACACAAGAUAGAAAUGACUGAGUUGUUGGGCAGCCAGAUAGUGGUAGGUGAUUUUAUAUUUGCCCACAAGAAAGGGCGACCCAAGGAGAUUGAGCUGAUGAAAUCGGACGACGCUUUAGGGUUAACUAUAACGGACAAUGGUACAGGAUACGCUUUCAUUAAACGUAUCAAGGAAGGCUCAGUGAUCGACAGGAUAAAAGUAAUAGAAGUCGGAGAUCAUAUAGAGAAAAUUGACUCGAAUAGCUUGAUCGGUAAACGGCAUUUCGAAGUAGCAAGGAUGCUGAAAGCUAUUCCAAAAGGUUCGUCGUUUACGUUAAGACUAGUCGAGCCACUGAAGAAUGGCUUUGGUAGCAUUGGUCCACGUGGAGAACUGAAAAAGGGAAAGAAACCAGGUUAUGGUUCUGGAAGAGAGACGCUUAGAUUCAAAGCCGAUGGAAGCGCUCAAAUUGUGGAAAUGGUGGAUGAUGCUGCUGCAGUGGGCAUUGAAAAGAUUAAUGUGAUUCUGGAGAGUUUCAUGGGUAUAUACGAUACCGAAUUAGCUACACAGAUUUGGGAGCUCUCUGAAGGCAAAUGCAACAGCAUUGAAUUUGCAGAAGCAAUAGAUAAUUCAGACUUGGAAGCUUUUGGCUUUACAGAUGACUUUGUCAUUGAAUUAUGGGGUGCUAUUACCGACGCUAGAGCUGGUAGACAUCGAUGAUAAAAACGGUCGCUCGAGUUGCGACAAAAUAAAUUUCUAAAAGCUAUGAUUUCUGUGCAUUCCAAUUUAUUAAAUGCUCGUACUUUUUUUGAAUAUUAAAUUAUGACCAGCAUGUAAAAUGGUUUGCACAGUAGCUUAUACAAAUAAGGAAUAGUUGACACAGCGGUUACGAUGUAAAUUAUUCCUUUGUUAGCAUAUAGACCUAGU